AUGACUAAUUCUUCUAAGCGCCUACCACGGCCGCUGCAGCUUGCAAUCGCUAACGCAACUCAUCAGCGCCAACCUACUUUGUCAUUAGGUAUCUGCUGCCCACUAGAUAAUUUGUUGUGCUCUAUCUGCUUUGAUAUUUUAAGCUUUCCAGUCACAUUGCCAUGCGGACAUAACUUUGAUCGUGGUUGUAUUUUGACUGCGUGGACGCCCGACUUGUCAUCUUCACAACGAGCACCAGUUCAGCAGCAGAGAGGAAACUUGUGUCCAUUGUGUCGGCAACAGGCUAAUAUCCACUCAAUGGAGCACCUGGAGGUCAAUUUGCUGCUUAAGGAACUCAUUGCAUCACUGUAUCCAGCUGAGGUUCAGUGCGCAACCACCCCGUCCAAGCAGCAUCGUUCACACGUGAUGAUGAUGCCAACGUCUUCCCCGCUCGCAAACGGAGGCGCGCUCACUACUAACACUGCAGCGUCAGCAUUUCGACGACGACCGAAUUUACGCACGUUCUCAUCAUUUUUCUACGUUUGUGUGGCGUCGGUAACGGACCCGCCCGGAUUUGUCCUCGCAGUCUUGCUGUUGUUAAUUCUUUUGGCCACAGCUUGCAGUCCACAGCCGGCGACAGCUCCACCGACGGCGUCAGCGAUGAUCAUGUUUGACAUGAUGGAUCGCGUGUGCAACGGACUAUCGCUACUGAUCCACCGGAUUUCGACGCACAUGGAUCAAUUGUAUCAGGUCUCACCGUGGAUCCGACUCAUUUCGUAUGUGCUUUAG